GUUGAGUUGAGCGUCUUCGAAUUUUUUUUGCAAAAAUCUAAAACCUUAAAAAAUUAUAAUUAAACGCAGCUUAAAUAAUACUUAUAGACACAGAAAGUUAAUAAAAUCAUCGCUGGAUAAGAGUUCGUUAAGGAUAGAGCAUAAUGUCUAACGUGGUUCUCGAUAAAGAGAGCUUUGUACGACGAGUGAAAAGAUUGUAUCAAAAUUGGAAGAAACCGGAAUAUAGCCACGAUGAUUCGCUUCAAAAGUCCGACUGUAUCAUGUCAGCUGUUGGAUCGGAUGAGGAAGUUCUUUACAGCAAGUCAACAGCACUUCAGAAUUGGCUUUUGGGCUAUGAAUUGACUGACACAAUAACGAUAUUCACCGAAGAUUCCAUCAAUUUUUUGGCGAGUAAAAAGAAGAUUGAAUUCCUUAAACAAAUUGAGAGCAUUAAAGAUGAAACAGACCUUCCGCAAAUUAAGCUAUUAGUUAAGGAUAAAACGGACAAAGAUAAAGGGAACUUUGAGAAACUAGUGGAAAUAAUGAAGGCAUCAAAAAAAGGCAAGACAAUUGGUGUAUUUGUUAAGGAUGUUUUUCCUGGUGAAUUUUGUGAGUCUUGGCGAGCAUAUAUUAAAGAAAAAGACUUUGAACAAAUUGAUGUUAGUGGCGCUCUUGGCUGGAUUAUGUGCGUCAAAGAAGAAUCUGAAGUAUUGACUGUAAAGAAGGCAUGUCUAGUAACAGUAGAUGUCUUUAAUAAAUAUCUCAAAGAUCACAUUAUGGAAAUUAUUGAUGCUGACAAGAAGGUAAAGCACUCAAAAUUAGCUGAAGGCGUCGAACAAGCCUUGACUGAUAAGAAAUAUGUCUCGGGUGUUGACAUGUCUCAAUUAGAUAUGUGUUAUCCACCAAUCAUUCAAUCGGGUGGAAGCUACAGCUUAAAAUUUAGUGCAGUAAGCGACAAAAAUCAUCUUCACUUUGGAGCUAUUGUUUGCUCAUUGGGUGUUCGCUACAAGUCUUAUUGCUCGAAUAUCGUACGUACAUUAUUGGUAAAUCCAAGUGAAAAGUUACAGGAUCAAUACAACUUUUUGGUAAAUUUAGAAGAGGAAAUGCUUAAAGUUUUAAUCCCAGGUAAGAAAUUAUCAGACGUUUAUGAGAUUGGUAUGCAAUAUGCCAAAAAAGAGAACCCAUCACUCGUCGAUAAGCUCACAAAAACGUUUGGAUUUGCAAUGGGAUUAGAGUUUCGUGAUAAUUCCCUUCAAAUUGGACCUAAAUGCACAGCCUUAAUCAAGAAAGGUAUGGUAUUUAACGUGAACGUUGGACUUGCAAAUUUAGAGAAUAAGAAUUCAUCAGAUAAGGAGGGAAAGAUACUUGCUCUGUUUAUUGGCGAUACAGUAUUGGUAAAUGAUGUCGAAAAUCCUGCAAGUAUUUUAACACAAUCAAAGAAAAAGAUUAAAAAUAUCGGUAUAUUCUUAAAAGAGGAUGAUAGUGAAGAUGAUGAAGAUAUGGAGCCUACAAAGAACUCAAAAGGCCCAAAAUCUACUGAAAUUUUAGAGUCAAGAAAGCGCACAACAGUCUUGGAAAGUAAAUUGCGUUCAGAAAAUAGCUCUGAAGAGAAACGUAAGCAACAUCAAAAGGAACUUUCGAUUGCACUUAAUGAGAAGGCAAAGGAACGUUUAUCGAAACAAUCUGGCGGAAAGGAAUCAGAAAAAGUUCGUAAAUCGACCGUUUCAUACAAGAGUGUUAAUCAAAUGCCACGCGAGCCUGAAGUAAAAGAUCUGAAAUUAUAUGUUGACAAAAAAUACGAGACGGUAAUCAUGCCAAUCUUUGGACUUCCAGUCCCAUUUCAUAUUUCAACUAUAAAGAACAUCUCACAAUCCGUUGAAGGCGACUACACAUAUUUGCGUAUCAAUUUUUUCCAUCCUGGCGCAACAAUGAGUAAAACUGAAGGUGGAACGUACUCAAAUCCCGAUGCUACAUUCCUAAAAGAGAUUACGUACCGUAGCAUCAAUACAAAAGAGCCUGGUGAAAUUUCAGCACCGUCAUCAAAUUUAAAUACAGCAUUUCGUUUGAUAAAGGAAGUUCAAAAGCGUUUCAAAACGCGCGAGGCAGAAGAGCGAGAAAAAGAAGAUCUCGUGAAACAAGAUACGUUAGUGCUCUCGACAAAUAAAGGUAAUCCAAAACUAAAGGAUCUUUACAUUCGUCCCAAUAUCGUAACCAAACGAAUGACUGGCUCGCUUGAAGCUCACGUAAAUGGUUUCCGUUAUACAUCAGUGCGUGGCGAUAAAGUUGACAUUCUUUAUAAUAACAUUAAGAGUGCAUUCUUUCAACCAUGUGACGGCGAAAUGAUUAUCUUGUUACAUUUUCAUCUUAAACAUGCAAUUAUGUUUGGCAAAAAGAAGCACGUUGAUGUUCAGUUCUAUACAGAAGUCGGUGAAAUUACGACAGAUCUUGGAAAGCACCAGCACAUGCACGAUCGUGACGAUUUAGCAGCAGAACAAUCCGAGCGAGAGCUUCGUGACAAAUUGAAAACAGCAUUUAAGAGUUUCUGCGAGAAAGUCGAAACAAUGACUAAACAACAAGUUGAAUUUGAUGUUCCAUUCCGUGAAUUGGGUUUCCCUGGUGCACCCUAUCGUAGUACUGUACUUCUACAGCCAACAUCUGGAAGUCUUGUUAAUUUAACUGAAUGGCCACCCCUUGUUAUUCCUCUCGAAGACGUUGAAUUGGUUCAUUUUGAACGAGUUCAGUUCCACUUAAGAAAUUUCGACAUGGUUUUUGUCUUUAAAGAUUAUCAGAAGAAAAUUGCCAUGAUUAAUGCUAUUCCCAUGAACAUGUUGGAUCACGUCAAGGAAUGGUUGAAUUCAUGUGACAUUCACUACUCGGAAGGUAUUCAAUCGCUCAAUUGGACCAAGAUUAUGAAAACAAUUACGGACGAUCCAGUUGGUUUUAUUGAAACCGGUGGAUGGACUUUCUUGGAACCAGAUUCUGAAGGCGAAGAUGCAGCAAAUGAUGAAACAGAGGACGAAGAAGAUGAUGCAUACGAACCAACGGAUUCUGACGCUGAAGAGGACGAAGACUCAGAUUCAGAAUAUUCUGAAGUUUCCGAGGACGUAGAAGAAGACGAAUCAUCUGAUGACCUUGGCAGUGAUGAAGAAUCUGGUAAAGAUUGGUCCGAUUUGGAAAGAGAAGCAGCAGAAGAAGACCGUGAAAAAGAUCGAUAUAGAGUUGAUGAAAAGCCAGAGCAAAAGAAGCAUAAGAGCAGCCAUCACAAGAGUAGCAAACAUGUGAAUGACAAGAGAAAGUCCAGUAAAUCGAGGUUUGUUCUAGUAAAGAAUAAGCUGUUGUCUAUAAAAAAUUAAAUUUAAGGAAAAAUGUUGCGAUGAUGCACAGUAAAAAUUAAAGGCUCUAUGGACAACAGCUUUCAAACAACACUAAUUGCUUUCGCUUUGAUUUAUAGUCUAGCUAAUUAGCAUAAAAUUGGUGCUUAUAAAAAGUUUUAUUUAUCUAACACUAUAUUUCACAUCCACAGUCAUCACAGCCCAAAAAAGAGCAGCAGUAGUCACCAUAAAAGCAGCCAUCACGAUAGUAAGAAGCGACCGCGAGAAGAAAGUCGAGAUAAUCAUCACCACAAGAGCAAGAAGUCUAAGAAGUAAAAAUGGUCACAUUUAUGUCAUCAGCUUUUUUCCCUAUACAACUUACAAUUUAAUAUCAUAGAAUAAAAGAAUCAACGUUACACGAGAUAAAAACAAUUCACAAUUCAUCAAGGUGUGUCAAAAACAAGAAUUUCUUCGUUAUAUUUUUAUGAGCAGAACGAGAAAGAAAAAUUCCAAAAAUAAGAAAGUUUUUAAAAAUUGUUCUAAAAAGAUGAAAAAAAAAAUUGGAUGUAAGCAAGAAAAAAAUGUCCUUAAUGUUGUUCGGUGAAGAAAUUGUCAAGUAAUUGAAUUUCAAGCAAGAUAGCUUUUUAUCGGGUUUCAUGCAAGAUUAUUUUCAAUUUAAAUUCUAUUCACGAAAGAACUACAAGUUCAAGGUUAAAGAUAGUAAGGAAGAUAUCAAGUACAACUAUUAUGUCAUUGAAAUUAAUGCACACAAAAAGCUCUCGUUUGCAAUUUUCAAUAAGAAUUUCUUCAAAAGUCGCGGUAUGUACGCUUCAGUAAUUUCUAAGUAGCUUUCGUUUCUUGUUCUGCAAACUUAAGAAUGUACUUGAAUCGUUGCUAAUAUUUUCCAAAGAUAUUUACUCGCUGUUAUUGAAUGACUCUCAAAAAAAAAAUCUUGCUACAAUUCUAUUACAAAACGUAAACAAUCCAGUAACCGAAUAUUAUUUUUAAUUGUUAUUAUUAAGUUUCAUUUAAUUUCUCUUUAAUUUUUCCUGAUUUUCAUUUUAUUUAAAAAAUUAUUAAACUUUCAACAAGAAAACAAAAACUUUGAUUAACCGUAAAGAAUAAUAAAUAUUUGAUCUAAGGAAAAUAAAUUGGGUUUUUCAGUUCUUCUCAAACUCAUUUUGCGGUUACGAACUGCUUGAAUUUUUUGCAGAGUUAUCAGUUUAGGAUUUUGGUAAGGUUUUGAAAUUCAAAUUUCAACCCAUUUAGCCUUUUGAAUUAAAAGUCAUAAAUUCAUGAUUUGUAAAUUUCAUCCAUUAAAAUUAUUAAUUAAUCAAAAAAUAUCUGAAUUAAAGCCAUAAUCAGGCUAGUGUCAAAAUAAGACUCAACGAAUUGUAACACAAACUACAGUGUUUCCUUAUUUGGAAUAAAGAACAUAUCGAUUAUUCAGGUUGCACGGUUUUCAAAAAUUCAAAUUUUAACGGUCUUCAUAGCAUUCACCACAAAUCUAUGUUGCGAAUUUCCUGUAUGAUGUUAGGUCAAUGUCAAGAUUAUGUCUGCGUACGUAAUCCUUUAAUUCGUCAAUUUGAAGUGGAUAUACACAAUACCAACUUUCAAGCUCAUUGAGUCGUUGUAAAUUGGAACAAUUAUUUACGAGCAUGAAUGCUGAUUUGAUUGUGAGUGCAUACGAUUGCAUAAUCCGCAACUCCUCGAGAUAAAAAAGCUCAUUCUUGAGGAAAACUUUUUCGAAAAGCUCAUCAGUUGUUGGAAUAUGUGAUCCUAAAUGAACGAAUUUGAUUUUAUGUGCAUAUGAUAAAAUAUAUUCCAAGUGCUCUAAUGCACAUGUUCCAAUUAGUGUCAAACUUUUUAAACUCAAAAACGGCGGUAAUUUACAAUAACGAUAGUGUAGAGACGUGCUGAGUAAUAAAUUGCAAUUGCAUAUAAAAAGUGUCUGAAGUUCCGGACAGAAUUGUGAAAUAUAAAUCAGUGCAUUCAUAUCAAUUUGAUCAACGUGCUCGAGCACUAACGUUGUAAUAUUACAACCUUUAACUUCAAUUAAAUCUCGUAUUCGAUCCGAAAAGAACUCACACGACUGAAGUUUCAAUUUUUCCAAUUUGUUGAUGCCAAUUAAUGUCAUUAAAUCGAGUCGUAUUUCAUCAUGAAAUAGUGAAAUUGAGUUUAAGUUUGGAAACUUUUCGCAAAGUAUUUGAACUUGAUUUGUUGUCGCAUGAUUCGAUGAGAAAUGCUCGAGCUUAAAGUUACCGUAUGUUGGAUGAUAUUCGUCGAUAAAUUCAAGACACUUUCCAAGUUCAUCAUAUCGUCCGACAUCCAAGAGUUCUGGUAAAUGUAAUAAUAAAUUGAUAUAUCCUUCCAUUGACACACCCGUUCUGUAUAAUUGUAUAAUUCUCAAGUUUUUUAAUUCCAUUAUAAUGUCAACACUCUUGUUUGUGACAUAUUUUGAGUUUGUGAUAUCGAGACUUAACAGCUUUGGGCAAUUUUUGACUAAAACUUUGAGAAUCUUGUCCGUACAAUCAUAGUUGAGACAAAGUUGUGUGAGAUUCUUCAUUGGCUGUAAGCAACUUGCUAAUGUUGAUUCCAUUUCAAAUGUCUUCCAUCCACCAGUCAAUGAGCCAAGUCUCAAAAUUUCAAUGCCCUCAAGUUUAUUCAAUUGCGAGUAAAAUGACGUCCGAAUCAUUUUUGGUAAUUCAUCAAAAUCGAUUGAUCUCAAUUUGAUGGAUAUUAAUGACUCACUAAGUCGUACAGCAAUUUUGAUUUGCGUGUGGAACUUUGCCAUGUUUAUUUUAAAUUCUAUUGCGUUUUUACACUUUUCAAUUAAUUCCGUGAUUCUUUUCAUGAGUUCAUCCGAUAAGUUUCGAUAGAGGUAGAAUGGCACAUAUCUCUCGAAUAAGUCAUGCGAAAUUUUAACAACUAAAUCUAAAUUUUCAUGCGUAAAUUUAUUUGUAUGUGGGACAUCGUCUUCAUCUGUGAACGGCAUUUUGCACUCAGAUAUUAAUUUCUCGCCAAUAUUGCACAACCAUUCUGCUGAUUUCUCAAUUGCCAGCAAUUCCAGACUCUUUGGUUGCUUUAAUUUUCCCAUUUAGCGUUACUCGGAUGUCAAUCUGAUAAUCAGAUUAAGUUUUAUUAAAUAAAAACACUUCCUUUCAAUUUAGCAACAAGCUUCAAAAUAAAAGAACUGAGGAAAAAUUUCACAAUAUUUUUC